UCGGCAUCGAACGAAGAUGCAAAAGUACACCGAGGCGACCUCGUACACUUCUGUCUCUCGUCAUUCCCCGUAAUAACGCGCAGCGCUGCCCGACGUAGGCCGAAGCGAGCUCCGCGUCUCCCCUCCUCCUCCUCCACCCCCCAACUUUCCUCGAGACUGCCUCGCGGAAGCAAAACUUCUGCGCCGGCUUCGCUCCGUGGCGCGCACCCAGGUCCCCAGCACCGCGGCUGGGCGAGGGCGAAGCGAGGCGCGCGUGCAAACGCCUCCCAGUGGAGGAGACACGUGCGGUCCGAAAGUGAGACGCGCCGCAGCAGCAGCCGCCGCCACCGUCUCGUACACAAACAUGUCUCCUCCGCGCCCCGGCUGCUUCUGCUGCUGCGCUGGGUCCGGGGAGAGAAACAGGCGGGGGAGGGGGCGACAAAGAAGGCGGGCGAGGGGGGGGCCCGCGCCCCUAUAAGAAGCGGCGCCCGGCCCCUUGCAGAGACUGAUCGUGGCACGCUGUCUACCUGCCCGGAUAGCCUGGUCAGGUCUAAUAGUUCAGCAGAGUCUCAGCCCGUUGUGUCGAGCACGUUCGUCGUCCCCGGCUCUCGCCACAGGUCAGAGGUUAGGGUCUUGUCGCUCCAGCAGGCAGGGUCAACCUUCUCCAGCGCCGGUCCAGCUGCUCGAGCCCCCGGCUUAAGACGCGCGGCUUCCAGAGAAGGAGACCUGCCCCUUCCUGCGAGGUCCACGAGGAGAGGGCGAAAGAGAAGAUGAGGACGUCGCGAAGGUCGCCUCCCGCUGGCGGUCGUCUGUCGGCGGCGUUGCUCCUGGUGGUGGCGUGGGCGGGUUCGGCCAACGGCGACGCCGCCACCACGGGCUGCGGCAACGAGUCCACGUCAGCGCCGGCGCUGCAGCUGCUCUCGCCCACUCCACUGCUGAGACCCAACGCGUCGGCUGCUGAGGUGCUGCAACGCAGGGCGGACGAGCUGUCCAACGCCGUCUCCAACACCAGCUUCGCCGAGUCCCGGAGCAACGUCACUGUCUACGAGAUACGGCACAGCAGGAAGAAGCAGCAGCAGCUGAUGCUGAUCCGGGCCCAGAUCCUGCACCGGCUGGGCAUCCGCAACCCGCCGGCCAACGGGUCGCUCGGCGCCGCGCCGCUCAACAACAGCACACUGCGCCUGGUCGAGGAGAUCGUGCGCAGUCCACCGCCCAGCGUGCAGGACAUCACCACGGCGCGCACCAUCUACUCGGAGCGCAUACAGAGCUUCUACCCGUCCUGUUUGACUCCCAAUCAGACGGACCCGUCGGCCUGGAAUAGGCCGGGCCACCUGCGGCUGCACUACGACGUGAGCUUCCCCCGCUCCUCUCCGGGCACCGAGAUCUCGCUGGUGUCGGCCAAGCUGCGCCUCUACCGCACGGGUGCCGGGACCGCGGCCGGAGCGAGCGGCACGGCCGCCGCGCACAACCUGCUCGACGCCCCGGCGGCCCCCGUCACGGUGUCCGUGUUCCAGUUCCUCAGGCCCCUCAAGACGGGGAGGGCCGAGAAGAAAGAGCUGAUCGCCAGCCGGACGCUCUCUUCUGGCCGGCGCGGCUGGGAGGAGUUCAACGUGGAGUCUGCAGUGAGCCGAUGGCACCGGCUUCGGAACAAGAACUACGGCCUCGACAUCGAGGUGGUCGACGCUCGCGGAAAGAAGCUGUUGCCCGGGCGCUACUUCCGCAACAUGAGCUGCGUUCAGACGGAAGCGGGCCAGCAGGAGUCCCCGUUCCCGAACAUCAUGCGCCUGCAUCCGGGACUGCGGGACAACGAGUCAUCACUGCUGGACAACGAGACGUAUCCCACGCUCGACCUGCAAGUGGUAGAGGUGCUCCGCCACGACCCCGGAGCCGCUGGACCUGGAAGCGACUCGCCACAGUUCGUAGGGGCCGACCAUGCCGCCAGGCCCCACCGACGACGCCGGCGCAAGGUUCGGGAUGCGGCGAUAGCUGACGACGACGACCACAGGUCGCACAGCGCAUGCGCACCUCGUCGUAUCGACGUUACCUUCGCAGAUCUGGGCCUGGACAACGUGCUGUACCCGGAGGGGUUCACGUACUCGUACUGCCACGGCGCGUGCCAUUGUCACGGCGCCAGCAAGCGCCGCGGAAAAGGAAGCAGGCGCCCCUGCGUGAGAGCGGUAUCCAGCUGCAACUGGGCAACGUACGUUCCUCUGAACUUGACAUAUCUGGACGAAGACAGUGUCAUGACGGCCACCAUUGAAAAUCUGGUGGCCAGCGACUGCCGGUGCUCCACCCGCCGAUGAUGGGCACCCAGUGUUGUGACGGCAUUCUUUGGGCGGUUCCUGGCUGAUCUCUGCGCACGCGUUCUGACGCGUACGUUGCACUAUGGUCACUGAAAAAAGGCCUGGUAUUAAGGCACCCCCGAUCGGCCUCCAAACCACCGAACAAGUCGGCGCGCGGCCUGUGGAGUAAGCCAACGUUUGCUGAUGUGCAUACGAGCCAAACUAGGCUGCGCGCCCUCGCCAGCUUAUCGACAUACUCAAUACCUUUUCCAGUGACCCUAGUGUGACGCUCUAUAUAUAAUCUUGUGUACCAGGCCUAGUGAUGCUCGGGAAAUAUUUUCCGCAGAUGCCGACUUUCGCGCUUUUCUUUGGGCAACAAUCGAAGCUUGAAGCCGAAAGCCUUGGCGCCCUACCAUGACUACGCGUGUAGGCCCCGAGCAUGGGUUGCAGCGCAAGAAAACAACCAAGCGGUGGCCCAGUGCUGACUGAAACUGUCCGUUUGAAGCUUAGAAUGAAGACACCUUUCGCAGCCAGACGCUGGCUUCGGCCGAUUUUGCAAUUGCUGUCCAGUGCAAUAAGCAUAUAUGACCCCAGAGAUCAGUGCUGCCCUUGUCCUUUAGGGAACCGCUCAUAUCUGGUUGAAUAAGAUCUGGUUAAAAGAAUUAUUUUCUCAAAAGAUAUGCUUAGGAAUUACCUCAGCCUUCGAGCCCUAAUGCCCACAAACUGCUUUUUGCUAAAAUAUUGGUUUGGGUGAUGCAUUACUACUGGUGUGAAGCUUCACCCACUGCAGCUGUCCAAGUGCAAUAGAAGUGUCAAGAGACACAUACCGCCUUGAUGCUUGCAGAAUGUUACAUGCUUUAGUAAAAUCCAGGAACGCGAAAGUAAUACUUCAAAGAUGCCUGUACUUUGACUCUUCGACUAAUUGGUAUCAGAUUGGAAAUUGAUUUUAUCAAUUCCAUAAGCAUAUGCUCUUGCUUUAAUAAAUAAUGUAAUUAGCACCUUUAAAAUUACCAUGUGAAGUGAAGUGAGUUGUCAGUUCAAUAAUUGCUAGCUCAGACAUGACAACGCACCUGGCUGUUUAGAAACAUACAGACAACGUGGCAUCCUCUCAGUCACACUGAACUCAAGACUGUACAAAACCUUUUUAGGCAUUAUUAUGGUUGUGCUGUCAGAUGCUGAUGUUGCAUUCAAUGUCAGAAAAGGAAUUCUAGUGAAAAUGGAAAAUGCAGCCAGACAUUUCAUUUGGUGUGCCCUGCCCCCUGCAUGGUAUAACACACAGUUGCAAUGCCUGAUAUAGGCAACUAUUGCAGUGGCAGACUGAACACACAUAGAAUAUCAUGGCCUGUACACCACUGACGAGGUAUGAGAAACAUGUGUUCCCUUUCAAUCACUACUGUGAUAGGAAGGAAGCAGAGACUGAGCAAGUUCUGCGCACCGACUCACUCAGUGCGCUAAUGAACACAAGGAGACGGGUAACCUUUUGCUGCUUCGCGAGAAGUUCUCGCUGGCUUGUUAGAUGGUCUUUCUUCUUAGUGGCAUGAUACUCUUGCAGUUCAUUUCAUAUUUCUGACAUGAUUAAAUGCCAGAAACCACCACACAAUAUAGGAAAUUGUGUUUCUGCCAUUAUUGUCCCUGUAAACACUAGAUCCUUUGCAUGUUUUGUUGUGUAGUGUGUAUACAUGCCCAUGUAAAUAGCCACCUAUGUCUUUAAGCUUAUCUUCAAGCCAUGUGAAUUUUCAUUUGAACGCAAACUACAGUCAUAAUAUUGCAUUGAGUGAACACAAUGAGCGAACGCAACUUAGCAA